AUGACCGGAGAAUGAAAAUAUGAUUGCUCCGGCGGCGGUGGUAGAACGGCGACGGCGCUCUGAUAGUCUAGUCGCCUGCUGGGGUUGCAAUGCCGGCGGUGGCUCUGGUGUUCUGGCUACUGAAAGCGGCUGCGGGGAACCUGAUCGUUAUGGCUGCGGAUUUCAUAAUUAUCUCUCACUCCAAUUCAACAUGGCAUUCAAUGCACUGAAACAAUGCAGAUCAUCACUGCACACACCAUAUUCGGUUCGGAGUCUGGCCUCAUCCACUACUCCCAAAUUUGCUGCUGCUUCUGUUGCCACUAGCGCAAUGCAUCAACAUUCCAGCAAAGGCGGGCGACUGGGGAGCUUGGGUGCUAUAUAUGGACCAAUGUGGACGGUGAUAGGGCUGAUGGGAGGCAUGGUUGGUGUCGCCUGCUGCAUCGCUAUCCACACUGCCAAGCAACAGCUCUUCCAUUCCCCGUCGGUUCAAGUCACCAAGAAGAGGAGGGAGUGCAUUCCGGAGGUGGAUAGCCCCGAUGCUAUUAUCCGAUCUGCUGACAAAUUCGAGACUAAGUCCUUCCUCAGGAAGGUUGCUCACAUCCAGGACAACAAGCACACCGCCAACGCUCCUGCCCGUGCUGCUUACAGUCGUUCCAGGGAAAUUGAAACCCUAAAAUCAGUUGGAGUCCGCAAUUGAUGGAGGAGGAGAAAUUGGGAUUCUGCAUCUCCUGCCCUUUGUAAAUACUAAUAAUAAUACUAGCAAAUCGCGUUAGAUAUAUGAAGCAGCUAUGUACGUACCCCUAAUUGUCCCCGUUUUUUAAUAUUUCCUACCCCUCUGCAUUGCAGGAGUGAGGUCUAUUCAUUGUGUUUUUGUUUUGUUUUGGUCCAGUAUAUAAUAAGAGGGUUCUGCAGUGUUAUUUCUUAA